UCCCCCCUGAGAUGGCUCCGCUAUCAGCUACUAUAAACACCGUCCCUCGCCCCGCCGCGUUUGAACUCCUUCUAUCGCGUCUCGGCUUUUCCUCCGUGCAUAGCCGCCCCUUCCGCGUUUCCUCCUCUCGUAAUUCCCCCUUCCGCCGCAGCUUCGGGCGCAAAGUGCCUCCUCUGGUAGUCGCAUCCACAGCCCCCUUGCGACUGCGCGCAUGCGCACUCCGCUCCGCCGCAAUUCACGGGCGCGACGGGAACGGCGGGAACGGAUCGCAGGCGCUUGAAUCUGUGAGGCUACGCGGCGUUCUCAUUAUGAGUGAUGCUAAAUCGCGGAUAAGAAGCAGCAGGCUAGGCGGAGACAGGGCCACCCUAGCGAGUCGGCGUUCGAGCGGCGACGGAUUCACAGACCGCAGAAACGACGAUGACAGCAGCGACAUGCGGGAUGGCAGAUUUGCAGUGGACGUUGGGCGUAGCCUCGCAAUCCCUCACCAUCCGACGCCCUCCCACCAUUGGACGCCCCCCCAGCAACCGAAAUACACGGUCGAUGAUGCCCUCUCCGCGCUGGGCUUCGGGCGCUUCCACUACCUGCUGCUGGCGUACGCCGGCCUCGCGUGGGCGGCGGAGGCCAUGGAGCUGCUGCUGCUGUCGUUCAUUGCCGCCCCCGCUGCCGCCCACUGGGGCGUGGGGGGCGAUGGUGAGGCGGCGCUGUCGUCCGUAGUGUUUGCUGGCAUGCUGGUGGGGGCGUUUGGGUGGGGGCUGCUGGCGGACAGCAAGGGGCGCAGGUUCGCCUUCACAGCAACGGCGCUCCUCACCUUCCUAGCCGCGCUGCUCUCCGCCCUCGCGCCCUCCUUUCCGCUCCUCCUCCUCGCACGCGCGCUCGUCGGCGUGGGUCUGGGCGGUGCGCCGGUCGUCUUCUCCCUCUUCCUAGAGCUCACGCCGCCCCGCGCCCGCGGCUUCUGGUCACUCACCCUCUCGCUCUUCUGGACCCUCGGGUCCGUCGCCCAAGCAGCCCUGGCCUGGGCAGUACUCCCGUCCCUCGGGUGGCGCUGGCUGAUACUGCUCUCCUCGCUGCCUCUCCUCCUGCUGCUGCUGCUGUUCCCGCUUGUGCCGGAGUCGCCCAGGUAUUUGCUGGUGCAGGCGCGGCCAGGGGAGGCGCUGGCUGUGCUGCAGCGCGUGGCUCGGCUCAAUGGGAGGGCGCUGCCAGAGGGACGGCUCAGCCUGGUGGCAGGGGGAGGAGGGUCUCAGGGUGAAUUUCAGGAGAAAGCAACAGAGGCAGGAGAGUCAAGGGAAUCGGUGCCACUGCUGCAACAUCAGCACCACCCUAGCACACCCACCGUCCCUCCUCGCUCCGCUCCCCCCUCUUCUUCCUCCUCCAACUCCGCCUCCUUCCUCUCCCACCUCCCCUCCUUCCCCCCGCCAGCCCUCCUAAAGCUGCUCUCCCCGCCACUCCUCGCCUCCACGGUGCUGCUGUGGGCGGUGUUCUUCGCCAACGCCUUCACCUACUAUGGCCUCGUGCUGCUCACCACGCAGCUCACCGCUGCCACACCCGCCUGCCCCCCUGCUGCUGCUGCCACCGCUGCUGCUGCUUUAACUGCUGCCAGUGAUGCUGCUGCUGCUGCUACUGCUGGUGCUUCUGCUGCUACUGCUGGUGAUAGCAUAGCCGCUGCUGCCACUGCUGCCACCGCCGGCGCAGAGGCAGCAGCCAGGGACGCAGUGGAGCGGCUAGGAGAGCCCUUCUUCGCAGGCGUGCUUAUAACGAGCGCUGCCGAGCUGCCAGGGCUGCUGCUCUCCGCGCUCAUAGUGGACCGCGUGGGCAGACGAACCACCAUCGCCACCAUGCUCGCUGUAGCCAGCCUUGCCCUCCUCCCCCUCCUCCUCCACUCCCUCCUACCGGAUUUCUCGAUUCUCGCGCUUGCCGCCCGGCCGUCUGCUGUUGUGGCGGCGCUGUUUGUUGCCCGGGCGGCGAUCAUGGGGUCGUUCCAGACACUGUUCAUGUUCGCACCUGAGCUCUAUGCCACGUCCGUCCGUUCCUCUGGCCUGGGGUUUGCCAGCUCCUUCUCCCGGCUGGGUGGCAUCGUUUGUCCUUACGUGGCAGUCACUCUGGUACAGGGCUGUCAGCAGGCGGCAGCUCUGUCCCUCUUUGUAGCAGUCCCGCUAACAGCAGCAAUCACCACCACUUUCUUCCCUGUAGAAACGGCAAGAAGGGCGCUUAUAGAAGUGGACGUUGAGGAAAAGAACGACUAUGGAGGGAAGGAGAAUGGUAGAGGGGAGAAUGGCAGAGUUGGGAAUGGCAGAGACCAUUGUGACACGGAGAAUGAUUCAUGCUGCUAGUGAAAUUCGUUGUGAAGUUGCCAUUC